AUGCUGUUUUCUAACAGACAGUGGGUACCAUCGAGUGAGUGUCAGAACAGAAAGCUAAGGCAGAAGCAGAGAGGAUGCUGCGGUCAUCCUUUCUUGUUUUUGUUUUUUUUUAAUGAGGACAGAACAUAUGUGAGAUAUUACUUUCUCCUCUAGUAAAUAUUCUGAAGGAUCGUGUUGGAGACUAUUAGAUUCAACACGUAAAUGGAUUCUGUGCUAUGAUUUACAGUUCUCUUUAUUUCAGCACUUUCUUAUGCAAGGAGCUAAACAGUGAUUAAAGGAGCAGGAUGAAAAGAUGGCACAGUCAGUGCUGGUACCGCCAGGACCUGACAGCUUCCGCUUCUUUACCAGGGAAUCCCUUGCUGCUAUUGAACAGCGCAUUGCAGAAGAGAAAGCUCAGAGACCCAAACAGGAGCGCAAGGAUGAGGACGAUGAAAAUGGCCCAAAGCCAAAUAGUGACUUGGAAGCAGGAAAAUCUCUUCCAUUUAUUUAUGGAGACAUUCCCCCAGAGAUGGUGUCAGUGCCUCUGGAGGACCUGGACCCCUACUAUAUCAAUAAGAAAACGUUUAUAGUAUUGAAUAAAGGGAAAGCGAUCUCUCGGUUCAGUGCCACCCCUGCCCUGUACAUUUUAACUCCCUUCAAUCCUAUUAGAAAAUUAGCUAUUAAGAUUUUGGUACAUUCUUUAUUCAAUGUGCUCAUCAUGUGCACUAUUCUUACCAACUGUGUAUUUAUGACCAUGAGUAACCCUCCAGACUGGACAAAGAAUGUGGAGUACACUUUUACAGGAAUUUAUACUUUUGAAUCACUUAUUAAAAUACUUGCAAGGGGCUUUUGUUUAGAAGAUUUCACAUUUCUCCGGGAUCCAUGGAAUUGGUUGGAUUUCACAGUCAUUACCUUUGCGUAUGUAACAGAAUUUGUAAACCUAGGCAAUGUUUCAGCUCUUCGAACUUUCAGAGUCUUGAGAGCUUUGAAAACUAUUUCUGUAAUUCCAGGCCUGAAGACCAUUGUGGGGGCUCUGAUUCAGUCAGUGAAGAAGCUUUCUGAUGUCAUGAUCCUGACUGUGUUCUGUCUGAGUGUAUUUGCGCUAAUAGGACUGCAGCUGUUCAUGGGCAACUUGCGGAAUAAAUGUUUGCAAUGGCCCCCAGAUAAUUCUUCCUUUGAAAUAAAUAUCACUUCCUUCUUUAAUAACUCAUUGGAUGGGAAUGGUACCAUUUUCAAUCGGACAAUCAGCAUGUUUAACUGGGAUGAAUAUAUUGAGGACAAAAGUCACUUUUAUUUUUUGGAAGGGCAAAAUGAUGCUCUGCUUUGUGGCAACAGCUCAGAUGCAGGCCAGUGUCCUGAAGGAUACAUCUGUGUGAAGGCUGGCAGAAACCCCAACUAUGGCUAUACAAGCUUUGACACUUUUAGUUGGGCCUUUUUGUCCUUAUUUCGUCUCAUGACUCAAGACUUCUGGGAAAACCUCUAUCAACUGACACUACGUGCUGCUGGGAAAACGUACAUGAUAUUUUUUGUGCUGGUUAUUUUCUUGGGCUCAUUCUACCUUAUAAAUUUAAUCCUGGCUGUGGUGGCCAUGGCCUAUGAGGAACAGAACCAGGCAACACUGGAAGAGGCUGAACAGAAGGAAGCUGAAUUUCAGCAGAUGCUUGAACAGUUAAAAAAGCAACAGGAAGAAGCUCAGGCAGCAGCUGCAGCAGCAUCUGCUGAAUCAAGAGACUUCAGUGGAGCUGGUGGAAUAGGAGUUUUCUCAGAAAGUUCUUCAGUAGCAUCAAAAUUGAGCUCUAAGAGUGAAAAAGAGCUGAAAAACAGAAGAAAGAAAAAGAAACAGAAAGAACAGUCUGGAGAAGAAGAGAAGGAUGACAGAGUCCGAAAAUCUGAAUCUGAAGACAGCAUAAGAAGAAAAGGCUUCCGUUUUUCCUUAGAAGGAAGCAGGCUGACAUAUGAAAAGAGAUUUUCUUCUCCACACCAGUCUUUAUUGAGCAUCCGUGGCUCGCUUUUCUCUCCAAGACGUAACAGUAGGGCGAGCCUUUUCAGUUUCAGAGGUCGAACAAAGGAUAUUGGCUCCGAGAAUGACUUCGCUGACGAUGAGCACAGCACCUUCGAGGACAAUGAUAGCCGAAGAGACUCUCUGUUUGUGCCGCACAGGCAUGGAGAACGGCGCCACAGCAAUGUCAGCCAGGCCAGCCGCGCCUCCAGGGUGCUUCCUAUUCUGCCCAUGAAUGGCAAGAUGCACAGUGCCGUGGAUUGCAAUGGCGUGGUCUCCCUGGUCGGAGGCCCUUCUGCGCUCACCUCUCCUGCUGGGCAGCUCCUGCCAGAGGGCACCACUACUGAAACAGAAAUAAGAAAGAGACGGUCCAGUUCUUAUCAUGUUUCCAUGGAUUUGUUGGAAGAUCCUACAUCAAGGCAAAGAGCAAUGAGUAUGGCCAGUAUUUUGACCAACACUAUGGAAGCAAAACCACUGAGAGGAAGCUGCCAGUGGUUCUGCUACCGAUGUCAGCAGCAUGUCUGCUCCCUAAAGCAGGAAGUAGAGAAGGAGACAGGUGUCAAGACGAGCAACACCUGCUGCAUUUCUCCUUUUGAACUUUUCUUUAUUUUUUUCUACACAAUUUCUGUUCUGAACCUCUUCUUGGCCUUGCUUUUGAGUUCCUUCAGUUCCGACAAUCUUGCUGCCACUGAUGAUGAUAAUGAAAUGAAUAAUCUCCAGAUUGCUGUGGGAAGGAUGCAGAAAGGAAUUGAUUUUGUUAAAAGAAAAAUACGUGAAUUUAUUCAGAAAGCCUUUGUUCGAAAACAGAAAGCUUUAGAUGAAAUUAAACCUCUUGAAGAUCUAAAUAACAAAAAGGACAGCUGUAUUUCCAACCAUACCACCAUAGAAAUUGGCAAAGACCUCAAUUAUCUCAAGGAUGGAAAUGGAACUACUAGUGGCAUAGGCAGCAGUGUAGAAAAGUAUGUCGUGGAUGAAAGUGAUUACAUGUCAUUUAUAAACAACCCCAGCCUCACUGUGACGGUACCAAUUGCUGUUGGAGAAUCUGACUUUGAAAACUUAAAUACUGAAGAAUUCAGCAGUGAGUCAGAUAUGGAAGAAAGCAAAGAGAAGCUAAAUGCAACUACUAGUUCAUCUGAAGGCAGCACAGUUGAUAUAGGAGCUCCCGCUGAGGGAGAACAACCUGAGGUUGAACCUGAAGAAUCCCUGGAACCUGAAGCCUGUUUUACAGAAGACUGUGUGCGGAAGUUCAAAUGUUGUCAGAUAAGCAUAGAAGAAGGCAAAGGGAAACUCUGGUGGAAUUUGAGAAAAACUUGCUAUAAGAUAGUGGAGCACAAUUGGUUUGAAACCUUCAUCGUCUUCAUGAUUCUGCUGAGCAGUGGGGCUCUGGCCUUUGAAGAUAUAUAUAUUGAGCAGCGAAAAACCAUUAAGACCAUGUUAGAAUAUGCUGACAAGGUUUUCACUUAUAUAUUCAUUUUGGAAAUGCUGCUAAAGUGGGUUGCAUAUGGUUUUCAAAUGUAUUUUACCAACGCCUGGUGCUGGCUAGACUUCCUGAUUGUUGACGUGUCAUUGGUUAGCUUAACUGCAAAUGCCUUGGGUUACUCAGAACUUGGUGCCAUCAAAUCCCUCAGGACACUAAGAGCUCUGAGGCCCCUGAGAGCCUUAUCCCGGUUUGAAGGAAUGAGGGUUGUUGUAAAUGCUCUUUUAGGAGCCAUUCCAUCCAUAAUGAAUGUACUUCUGGUUUGUCUGAUCUUUUGGCUAAUAUUCAGUAUCAUGGGAGUGAAUCUCUUUGCUGGCAAGUUUUACCAUUGUAUUAACUAUACUACUGGAGAGAUGUUUGAUGUAAGCGUGGUCAACAACUAUAGUGAAUGUAAAGCCCUCAUAGAGAGCAAUCAAACUGCCAGGUGGAAAAAUGUGAAAGUAAACUUUGAUAAUGUGGGACUUGGAUAUCUUUCUCUGCUUCAAGUAGCCACAUUUAAGGGAUGGAUGGAUAUCAUGUAUGCAGCUGUUGACUCACGAAAUGUAGAAUUACAACCCAAGUAUGAAGACAAUCUGUACAUGUAUCUUUAUUUUGUCAUCUUUAUUAUUUUUGGUUCAUUCUUUACUUUGAAUCUUUUCAUUGGUGUCAUCAUAGAUAACUUCAACCAACAGAAAAAGAAGUUUGGAGGUCAAGACAUUUUUAUGACAGAAGAACAGAAGAAAUACUACAACGCAAUGAAAAAACUGGGUUCUAAGAAACCACAAAAACCCAUACCUCGACCUGCCAACAAAUUCCAAGGAAUGGUCUUUGAUUUUGUGACCAAACAAGUCUUUGAUAUCAGCAUCAUGAUCCUCAUCUGCCUCAACAUGGUCACUAUGAUGGUGGAAACUGACGACCAGAGUCAAGAAAUGACAAACAUUCUGUACUGGAUUAAUUUGGUGUUUAUUGUCCUCUUUACUGGAGAAUGUGUGCUGAAACUAAUCUCUCUUCGUUAUUACUAUUUCACCAUUGGAUGGAAUAUUUUUGAUUUUGUGGUGGUCAUUCUCUCCAUCGUAGGUAUGUUUCUGGCUGAGCUGAUAGAAAAAUAUUUUGUGUCCCCCACCCUGUUCCGUGUGAUCCGUCUUGCCAGGAUUGGCCGAAUCCUACGUCUGAUCAAAGGAGCGAAGGGGAUCCGCACGCUGCUCUUUGCUCUGAUGAUGUCCCUUCCCGCGUUGUUUAACAUCGGCCUCCUGCUCUUCCUGGUCAUGUUCAUCUAUGCCAUCUUUGGGAUGUCCAACUUUGCCUAUGUUAAGAGAGAGGUUGGAAUUGAUGACAUGUUCAACUUUGAGACCUUUGGCAACAGCAUGAUCUGCCUGUUCCAAAUUACCACCUCGGCUGGCUGGGAUGGAUUGCUGGCACCUAUUCUUAAUAGUGGACCUCCAGACUGUGACCCUGAAAAAGAUCACCCUGGAAGCUCAGUCAAGGGAGACUGUGGGAACCCAUCUGUUGGGAUUUUCUUUUUUGUCAGUUACAUCAUCAUAUCCUUUCUGGUUGUGGUGAACAUGUACAUUGCCGUCAUCCUGGAGAACUUCAGUGUUGCUACUGAAGAAAGUGCAGAGCCCCUGAGUGAGGAUGACUUUGAGAUGUUCUACGAGGUUUGGGAGAAGUUUGAUCCUGACGCGACCCAGUUCAUAGAGUUCGCCAAGCUCUCAGAUUUUGCGGAUGCCCUGGAUCCUCCUCUUCUCAUAGCAAAACCAAACAAAGUUCAGCUUAUUGCCAUGGAUCUGCCCAUGGUCAGUGGCGACCGGAUCCACUGCCUCGAUAUUUUAUUUGCCUUUACAAAGCGUGUUUUGGGUGAGAGUGGAGAGAUGGAUGCCCUUCGAAUACAGAUGGAAGAGCGAUUUAUGGCAUCGAACCCCUCCAAAGUCUCCUAUGAGCCCAUCACAACCACUUUGAAACGCAAACAAGAGGAGGUGUCUGCUAUCAUUAUUCAGAGGGCUUACAGACGCUACCUCUUGAAGCAAAAAGUUAAAAAGGUUUCAAGUAUAUAUAAGAAAGACAAAGGCAAAGAAUGUGAUGGAACACCUAUCAAAGAAGAUCCCCUCAUUGAUAAACUAAAUGAGAAUUCAACUCCAGAGAAAACCGAUGUGACACCUUCCACCACUUCUCCACCUUCGUAUGAUAGUGUGACCAAACCGGAAAAAGAAAAAUUUGAAAAAGACAAAUCAGAAAAGGAAGACAAAGGGAAAGAUAUCAGGGAAACACUUCACAAAAUAAGAAGCAAGGACUAAGAUGCAGUGUAGGUUUCUGCUUUUUUAUUAGUACUGUAAACUUGCACACAUUUCGAUGUGAAACAAAUCUCAAACUGAGUCCAAUGUUUAUUUGCUUUCAAAUAGUAAUGCCUUAUCAUCGGAAGAGGCUUAAGGAAAAAAUCAGUUUAUAUUCUUGGCAUUGCUUGAAUCAGAUGUUUCCACCUAGUCUUUUUAUUCAGUAAUCAUCAGUCUUUUCCAAUGUUUGUUUACACAGAUAGAUCUUACUCUUACUUACCCUACCCGUAUGGCACUAGAACUGUAUCAGAUGUAAUAUGGGAUCCAAGCUUUUUUUCCCCCCCACAAAACCAGGUAGUGAAGUUAUAUUACCAGUUACAGCAAAAUAUUUUGUGUUUCACAAGCAACGAUAAAUGUAGAUUCUUUAUACUAAAGCUAUUGACUUGUAGUGUGCUGGUGAAAUGCAUGCAGGAAAAUGCUAUUACCAUAAAGAACGGUAAACCACAUUACAAUCAAGCCAAAAGAAUAAAGGUUUUGCUUUUGUUUUUGUAUUUAAUUGUUCUGUCUUUGUUUCUAUCUUUGAAAUGCCAUUUAAAGGUAAAUUUCUAUCAUGUAAAAAUAAUCUAUCCGAAAAAAAUAAAUGUAAAGAAUACACGUUAAAUAUAAUAAUUCAUCUUUAAAUUUUUUCAUGGAAUGGAAAUUAAUUUAGAAGAAUGUAUUGGAUAACUACUUUAAUAUUGGCCAAAAACCUGGAUAUGGUAUCAGGUAGAGUAGUGGAAAGUUACAACAAUUAAUAAAAAAUUGACUAACAUUUUAA